AUGGUCAAGCUUACCGAGGUCGAGGACGAGCACUUCACUCAGGAGAAGCCCCAGACCAGCAAGAACAACGUUCUGCUGGACUCGGAUGAUGAGGAGGACUACACUGACACUGAGUCCGAGAUCUCGAACGAUGAGGAGAUCGAGCUUGAGAGCGAGGGUCUGUACGAACGUCUGUCGGCCCUGAAAGACAUCAUCCCUCCCUCCGCCCGUCGCUCAGUCAACAGCACCGUUUCUUCCGUCACCUCCUUCACAAAGUCCACGAUCUCGUUCAGCGGCAAGGCAUUGUGGAUCAUCAGUACCAGUGCUUUCCUCCUCGGUGUCCCGUGGGCCCUUGCCUAUGCCGAGGAAGAGCAGUACAUCCAAAUGGAGCGUGAGCAGGGCAUGAUCAAGGGUGCCAACGAGAUGCUCACGCCCGGCGCUCCCACGGAAGAGAAGCCGGCCCAGCCCACUCUGUAA